AUGGCCGCUUCCACCAUGUCUGUCUGUUCUGACGCUUGCACCAACUCCUCCUGGCAGGUAGAUGACUGCCCAGAGAGCUGCUGUGAGCCCAGCUGCUGCCAGCCCAGCUGCUGUGUCCCCAGCUGCUGCCAGCCCAGCUGCUGUGCCCCAGCCCCAUGCCUGACCCUCAUCUGCACCCCAGUGAGCUGUGUGUCCAGCCCCUGCUGCCAAUCUUCCUGCACACCCUCAUGCUGCCAGCAGUCUAGCUGCCAGCCCUCAUGCUGCACCUCCUCACCCUGUUCUGUGACUCUUUGCUGCAAGCCUGUCUGCUGCACACCCAUUUGCUCUGGGUCCUCAUGCUGCCAGCAGUCUAGCUGCCAGCCCUCAUGUUGCCAGCCAUCCUGCUGUGUGCCUGUGUGCUGCAAGCCUGUCUGCUGCAAGCCCUGCUCCAGCGUGUCCCUGCUCUGCCGCCCUGUGUGCAGACCCGCCUGCUGUGUGCCCACCUCCUCCUGCUGUGCCUCCUCCUGCCAGCCCAGCUGCUGCAAGCCCUGCUCCAGCGUGUCCCUGCUCUGCCGCCCUGCCUGCUCCAGCCAGGCCUGCUAUGGCCUCUCCUCAGCCCAGAAGUGCAGCUGCUGAUGGGUCUGUUCCUGGUGCCAGCUGACUCAGGUCCCUCCCUGUGGUCCCUCUCAGCCUCUCCAGUCUGCUCCUGACCUGGGAUAGACAGUCCCCCAGGAUGCAGCCUCCAACCUGUCCUUUGUGACUCGACCUCUCCUCCUGCUUCCCAGGAGGCCUGAUGAUCCUCAGGGUCACUGUCCCUGUCCCUGUCCCUCUGUUCUGGUUACCUGACCCUGAUACAGCUUGUCAGCUGCCCAUGGCUUCAAUAAACUCUU